GUACAGGCUCGGGCCUUGGGACCAAAGUGCUGAGCCUGCUGGAGGAGGAGUUCCCCGAGGUGUGUCGGAUUGUCACCUCCAUCUAUCCAUCUGCAGAGGAUGAUGUCGUCACCUCUCCCUACAACAGCAUCCUGGCUAUGAGGGAGCUCACAGAGCACGCUGACUGUGUCCUGCCUGUGGAAAACCAAUCGUUGGUGGACAUUGUGAAGAAGAUUAAACAUAUUUCUGACAGUGGAAAGCCAGGGACUGUGAUCAGGAGGGAAAGCGCCAUCAUCUCCGGGCAGGGAGGGCUCAUUGGAGCCGAGAAGCCUUUUGAUGCCAUGAAUAAUAUUGUGGCUAACCUGUUGCUCAACAUUACCAGCUCAGCUCGUUUUGAAGGGUCUCUCAACAUGGAUCUGAAUGAGAUUGCCAUGAACCUGGUCCCCUUCCCUCGUUUACACUACUUGGUGCCGAGCCUCACCCCUCUCUACACUCUGGCAGAUGUCAGUGUCCCCUCCAGAAGACUGGAUCAGAUGUUCAGUGAUGCCUUCAGUAAAGAGCACCAGCUGAUCCGAGCCGACCCGAGGCACAGCCUCUACCUGGCCUGCGCCCUCAUGGUGAGGGGCAACGUGCAGGUGUCUGACCUCCGCAGGAACAUCGAGAGACUGAAGCCUUCGCUGCCAUUUGUGUCUUGGAACCAGGAAGGCUGGAAGACGGGCCUGUGCUCGGUGCCUCCUGUGGGCCACUCCCACUCCCUGUUAGCCCUGGCCAACAACACCUGUGUGAAAACCACCUUCAUGGACCUGAGAGAACGCUUCACCAAGCUCUACAGGAAGAAGGCUCACUUACACCACUACCUGCAUGUAGAAGGGAUGGAGCAGAGCCACUUCUCGGAGGCCCUCAGCUCUCUCAGCUCCCUGAUUGAAGAGUAUCAGCAGCUGGAUGCCACCAAGGGAAGAUUCAUGCCUGACGCAUCCAGACUCCACAUCGCCAGAUGAAGUUUCA